AUGAUGCGAUCCGUUUCGAUAGACGAUGAGGAUCAAUUUGAAGAUGCUGAAGAGAAUCCAAGCAGCUCCACUUCGCAGCCCGUUUUUGUAAGUUGAUUUUUGUCAUUUGAAAUUUCAAUUAUCAAAAAAAAUCCCUUCAGCGGACACCAUCGCGACCAACGAUGUUAAACGUUGCACAAAAUCAAAAUGAAUGGACAAAUCGAGCAACGCCUAUGAAUAUCAAAAUGCGUAAUAGCCAAUAUUCAGUCUCUUCAAGACCAACAAGUUCAUAUACACCUGGUGUAAGUAUUUUUUAUAUGUUGGGUUUUGAAAUCUUGCUGAUCCAGUGAUAAUUAUCGAUUUUUUUCCAGUCAAAUGUUCGAGAUUCGGCACAUAGAGAUCGAUUAUCCAAUCUGAGGCGUAGAAUGAAUAUGGAAUUUGGAAAUCGAGAAUUGGUUGGCAACUUUGUAGUCCCAGAUUUUGAAGUUGAUGAUGCGAUGAGUACGAUGAGUGAAGCUCCAAGUUUGCAAUCUUGGCAACAUCGAAUGAUGAAGCGUAACGAUACUGUUGUAGUAAAUGCUUCGGAUACCAUGAGCACUUGCGCUAUGUCAAUUCCAUCAUCAGCAUUCUCGGAUAAUUAUGAGCAUUUCAAAUCGCCACAACCACCAUUGCUCAGCUCGACACCAAAUGUUGCUGAAAGAGUGAGAUCGCAAACAGAUCCAACGCCACCAAGAGUUCAGCCACCACCAGUGCCUUCUAGAGAACAUGUGACGCCUCCGAAACGAAUUCCACCUCCACUUCCACCAAGAACACCGUCGAUGAGAUUGCCUGAUCCGAUUGCAAUCGAAGUUGAGACUAGGAUACGAGAUUCAGAGAAUCGAAGGCUGCCAACAGUCACGGAAGAUCCUGUGGUUCCAACUAGACAACACCAUCAAUCAAAAUCAACUGACGCAAACUUGUCAAAUAUUGAGAAUAGCACAAAAGGCCAUAAAAAGUCCAAUUCUUUAGAUCGUGGUCUCACAUUGGCCAAAACUAUUAAAAGUGGGCCAUUUCCACCGGCGUCAAAUAAAUCGAAUUCGCUGACAAGACGAGAAGCUGAUGGUGAAGAAGAAGCUCGAAAUGCUGACGCUGAAAAUGUUAUUAGAGAAAUUACAACUAGUUUAGCAAAUGCAUGCGUUGAAAAUGUAGGUUUUUUAUCUUUCUUUAAAAUUCAUGAAAAUUCAUCAAAUUCAAAUAUUUCAGGAUAAAUUAGAGACAAUUGUGUCAGCUGCAAGUUCAACUAUUUCAUCACCAUCUUCAUCUUCAAACUCACACGAACCAAAACUUCAUUUCACAAUCGCUCCAAAAGAAGGAGAAGAACUACCAUGCACUUCGAAAUCAGUUUUGAAUUAUGAGGCGGCGCCAAUUGCGAAUAGAGUGAGUUUUAAUAAGCCACAAUUUGAAAACAAAAAUGAUCCCAUUCAGUAUUCGCGGAGCAUGUCAAAUGAUGAAUUGAAGAACAAAGAUCAUCUUUCAUCAUCGUUUGAUCCGAUCACUUUGGAUGUUGAAAGACGAUUGAGUAUGAAAAGAAGUGGACAGAAUUCGGAUGAUCGAACAAGUAUCAGUGAUGAUAAUACAUCGCAUAUCUCAGUGGCUAGAUCGGGAAUUGGUCAUGCUAAAUCCUUUGCUAGAAAUUCUGUGAUGUAUGCUAGUGGAGUAAUCAGAGGUGCUUUCAAAAGAGUGAGAAAUGGUAGACAUAGUGAAGCAAGUACAAAUCAGAGUGGAAGAGAUGCUGAAAGUAGUGAUGAAGAGAUCAAUGAUGAAGGACACUCUUCAAUUGGAUCGAUUGUUAGGCCAAGGAAAAGUAAAAAAGGACCAUUUGAUUUUGAACAUCUCAAAGUUGAACAAGAAUUGGAUAAUGAACAUACUGGCGCGGUUUGGUGUAUCAAAUUCAGUAUUUGUGGAAGAUUGAUGGCUACAGCUGGACAAGAUUCGAUUCUACGUGUUUGGGUGGUUCGAAGUCAUUUGAAAUAUUUUUCGGAGAUGAGAGAUAAAUAUUCAGCGAAUGUUGAUAUUACAACUGAUCCGAUGAAUGCGAUGGAUAAUAUUGAUCAAUUUCGCCCGCCAAGUUCAAUGGAUAGCGCAGUGAACAGUGAUUCAUUAUCCGGUGAAGAUUCCAACAAUUUAUUCUGCUCCAAACCAUUUGCGUUGCUCAAAGGUCACACUGCCGAUAUUUUGGAUCUCUCAUGGUCCAAAAAUUAUUUCAUUUUAUCAUCUGGAAUGGAUCGAACUGUCAAAUUAUGGCAUUUAUCAAGAAAUGAAUGUCUUUGCUGCUUUCAACACAUUGAUUUUGUCACAUGCGUCGCAUUUUUGCCGAAAGAUGAUCGAUAUUUCUUAUCGGGUUCUCUUGAUGGAAAAUUGAGAUUAUGGCAUAUUCCGGAUAAGAAGGUGGCUGUUUGGAAUGAGGUUCAAGUCAAAUUUAUCACCGCAAUCACUUUUGUGAAGAAUGGAAAGUUUGCAGUUGUUGGAACUUAUAAUGGCAGAUGUUAUUUUUAUACCACAGAUGUGAGUUUUUUUUCGAAUAUGUCUCAUCAAAGCCUUCGCUCGAAAAAAAACCAGUUCUGUUUCACUCAUUAUUGAUUAUUUUUUCAGCAACUCAAAUAUCAUACAGUUGUCGAUGUUCGUUCAACACGCGGUAAAAAUGCCAAAGGUCAUAAAGUAACCGGUUUAGCUGUUCAUGGUGAUAAACUUCUCGUAACAUCAAACGACUCCAGAAUUCGAAUGUAUGAUAUCCGAGACAAGGCAUUGACUUGCAAAUUCAGAGGCGUGCAAAAUGAUCAUUCACAAAUUCGCGCCGCAUUUUCACCCGACGGUCGACAUAUUAUCUGUGGAUCUGAGGAUAAAUUUGUAUAUCUUUGGAGAAGCUGCGAUAUGCCAUCAUCGCUUUCAGUUCGCAAAGAUCGGAAUUCAAUGUGGGAAAGAGUGCGAACUCAUAAUGCGGCUGUUUCGGUCGCUGUUUUUGCGCCAAGACCUCAAGUUUUCUUCUCAAUGUUGGAUAAGCGAGACAAGAAAAAUAAGAGUGAACAUCUAGAUUUUGAACAUAUCCCACAAUCUGAUUCGAUUACUUCAAAUGGGAAUAUAACCGUGGCAGGACAUGUGAGUUCAAUAAUUUUGUUUUUGAAAUUUUUUUUUGAAUUUUCAGGCAAUUGUCAGUGCAGAUCUUCAAGGUGUGAUCAAAGUUAUGAUAAAUCGCCCAAAACAAUGCAAAGUUGCACCAGCUGGAUUCUCAAAAACAUCUCGCUCAUCAACUUCAUAG